GGCAUCUCACCUGGCAGGCCGGAAAGCAUAAAAGAGCCUGGAGCCAUGGCCGGGCUGCUAGAGAUGUCAACAGUGUCCUGGGAAGGAAAUACUCCGGGAAUACUAUUCGUGCUGUCCUUUGGGGAUAGGAAGAGGAGCUGGAAGAUGUUUUCAGGCUGCUGAGAAUCCUCCUUUUGGACAGGUUCCAUCAUGUCCUGCUUCACUCAGAUAUGGCGCACGGAAGUGCCGGACUCCCCUCCUACCAGCCCCACCAGCCCGGUCCCGGCUGCACCCCAUGAGAUCCCCAUCCCGCUCAGCCCCAUUGUCAUCACCUCACCCUCCGCGUCCUCCCACUCCUCUGAAAGCAGGCCCUCGGUCUGUUCCCCAGUCUCGUCUUCGGUCUGUUCCCCAGUCUCUUCCUCAGUCUGUUCUCCCGUCUCUUCUUCAACCUCUCCGUCCAUCCGGUCUCAGAUCUGCUCUCCCAUCUGGUCUCCGGUCCGCUCCCCAGUAGACGGGAAGACACGGCUGGGCUCGCCCACGGACAGACCCACCUCUCCCAUCGAGUGCUCCAUCUGCUUCAACACCUACGACAACCUCUUCAAGACCCCCAAGGUCCUCCAGUGCAACCACACCUUCUGCUUAGAGUGUCUGGCCCGCCUCACCGCGGCCCGUCCCCGCAACUGUGUCGAGGAUGAACUCCCGUGUCCGUUUUGCCGCCAGAUCACCGAGAUCCCCCUCGAAGGGCCGCCGGGCCUCCAGACCAGCAAGGGCCUCAUGGCUACGCUGCCUCCUGAGCACCAGCGAGAGAAGAUGAUCUGGAUGGAAGGCACCAAGAUCUGCUGCAGGCAGUCUUCCGACCCAGAGAACGCCGACGACUACAUCAGCAUUGACAUCGCCCCCAGCAAACCCGAGGUCCCCCAGUUGCCCCCGGAGACUUUAAUGGGGCGCCUGACGCGCUGCGAAAUGUGCGACGACUGGAAGCGCGUCCUGCUGCUCUCGGUGUUGAUCAUCAUCCUCUUCUGCAUCAUCCUAUGGCCGCUGCACUGCGCCAUGAAGACGGGCAACCUCCGCUGCUUCGCCAGGACGUACACCAUGUCCAGGCCCAGCUAUGUGACCUAUCAUCACCCCACCACCCCGGCCCCGACAGUGGGCUCUGUGGAGCCUGCAGAGUGACCGGACACUGCAUGUGGGGUGAUUUCUCAGGAACGAAGUGGGAAGAUGUAUCGUCGAAGGCUUUCGUGGCCGGAAUCACUGGGUUGUUGUGGGGAGAAACGGACUUCUACUCAACCACGGCAUCUGGAGGUCCCAUCUUCACUCCCCGGCUCAAUAACAAUAAUAUUUCCUCGAAUAUGACAAGGGAAACCUUCCACCUAAGACGCUGCCAGUCAGCGUGAGACAAUUCUGGCAAUCAGAUGGACUAACUCUUACGAGUGAACAGUUCCGACAUAACGCACGGACUCGAUGUUACCACUUGAUCCGCUCUUGCCGCUCUUCGAAUGUAUUCAAAGCAUUAAUGCCACUGUAUGUACUUACUUAGGCGAUCCCUCAUAGUCUGAGUAGGAUUGUCAUCCAAGAUCGGUGUCCGUAGGUGAUUGUGGAACCCUAUUCUUGACCUGCAUGUUAUCCCGCAGUGAGGGCAUUGGUUUCCAGACGGAAGGUGGCCCUGGUCGAGGUUGGCUUGAUGCGCCUUCCUUUUGGCACAUUUCUCUCUUUCGCCCUCUUCAAAUUCUACAGCACUGCUGGUCACAGCUGACCUCUAUCUGGAGCACUCAAGGACCAGGGCUUCUCAGUUCUCAGUAUCUAUGCCAGAGUUUUUAAGGUUGGAUUUGAGCCCAUCUUAAAUUGAUUCAAUACCAAUGUGCAUUCUCAGGAGAUAUUUAGGAUGACCCCACAACCAGGGCCAGCUGUGCAAUGAGUCCUGUUGCAUAAGGGUGUUGUUAUACAUUCUUGCCACUCACUAGAAAGGUGGCACAUCACAUCCAUGAUGUUAAAGAUGAUGUAGCAUCUAAACCCCUGUUCUUAUAAAUAUACCUCCAGUAUACACGCUGUGGUUUAGUCUAUUCCAGCAUUUCUCAACCUGGGGGCUGCACGGCGGUUUCAGAGGGGUCACCAAAGACCAUCAGAAAAUAUAUCUUUCUGAUGGUCUUAGGAACCCCUUUGGCAGAGAAGGUUGAAGAUCUCUGCCUUCAGUGAGGGCCUCUGCUCUAACUACUAGGUCAGUGUUUCUCAACCUGGGGGUCGCGACCACAAAGGGGGUUGCAAGUGGUUUCAGAGGGGUCGCCAAAGACCAUCAGAAAACAUAUAUUUCGGACAGUCUUAGGAACCCCUUUGGCUGAGAAGGCUGAGGAUCUCUCCACCUGUCCUUCUCUUCCUUUUUGGAAAGAGAUGGUGAAGCCUUCCACCAAAAGCCCUUCUCUGCUGAAAAUGGAGAGAUGUUUCUGAGACUCCAAGCACGGAGGGGAGAGCAGGCGUGAUGUGCAUGUGCAGGCGAAGGAGAGCGUAUGAGGCUGGAGGGAGGCUCACACCAGUGAUUCCCUUCAAGACACGAGGUUCUGUGUGGGACAUUUGGCCCAAUUCUAUCAUUGGUGGGGUUCAGAAUGCUCCUUCGUCGUAGGUGAACUAUAAAUCCCAGCAACUACAACUCCCAAAUGUCAAGGUCCAUUUCCCGAAAAUUCCACCAGUGUUCACAUUUGAGCAUAUUGCGUAUCUGUAUGUAGUUUGGUCCAGAUCCAUCAUUGUUUGAGUCCACAGCGCUCUCUGGAUGUAGGUGAACUACAACUCCCAAACUCAACAUGAAUGCCCACCAAACCCUUCUCUUGGUCUUGGGAGUCCCAUGUGCCAAGUUUGAUUAAAUUCCAUAGUUGGUGGAGUUCUGAAUGCUCUUUGAUGGUAUGUAAACUAUAAAUCCCAGCAACUACAACUCCCAAAUGUCAAGGUCUAUUUCCCCCAAACUCUACCAGUGUUCACAUUUGGGCAUAUUGAGUAUUUAUGCCAAAUUUAGUCCAGACCUAUCAUUGUUAGAGUCCACAGUACACUCUGGAUGUGCCAAGUUUGGUUCAACUCCAUCUCUGGUGGAGUUCUGCUCUUUCAUCGUAGGUGAACUAUAAAUCCCAGCAACUACAACUCCAAAAUGUCAAGGUCUACUUCCCUCAAAUUCCACCAGUGUUCACAUUUGGGCAUAUUGAGCAUUUAUGUCAAAUUUAGUCGAGAUCUAUCAUUGUUUGAAUCCAAAGUACUCUCUGGAUGUGCCAAGUUUGGUUCAACUCCAUCUUUGGUGGAGUUCUGCUCUUUCAUCGUAGGUGAACUAUAAAUCCCAGCAACAACUCCAAAAUAGAAUCAUAGAAUCAAAGAGUUGGAAGAGACCUCAUGGGCCAAGGUCUACUUCCCCCAAAUUCCACCAAUGUUCAGAUUUGGCCAUAUUGGAUAUCUGUACGUAGUUUGGCUCAGAUCUAUCAUUGUUUGAGUCCACAGCUCUCUCUGGAUGUAGGUGAACUAAAACUCCCAAACUCAACGUCAAUGACCGCUAAACCCUUCUAAUAUUUUCUGUUGGUCAUGGGAGUCCUGUGUACCAAGUUUGGCUCCAUUCCAUCAUUGGUGGAGUUCAGAAUGCUCCUUAAUUGUGGGUGAACUAUAAAUCCCAGAAACUACAGCUCCCAAAUGACAAAAUAAAUCCCACCAGUAUUCAGAUUUGGGCUAUUCGUGCCAAAUUUGGUCCGGUGAAUGAGAAUACAUCCUGCAUAAUGUCAGAUAUUUACAUGACGAUGCAUAACAGUAGCAAAAUUACAGAUAUGGAGUAGCAACGAAAGUAAUGUUAUGGUUGGGGGUCACCACAACA